AUGUCCUCGUUAUGCACAGUCGACUUCACCGUAGGAACGAAAUAUUUCUUUUCCAAAGAUGACCGGCCCUACAAGGUGCAGCCCUGGAUUUUUUCAAGCGGGAUCAAUGUUCAGCACACAGACUUUUCCUUUGAGAGACACAACCGUGAUUCAGUGUGGACACCUUCAAGUCCAACUUUCGAGCCACUCCGAGUCUUUGUUGAUCUUGGUACAAUGACGAGGAACGAGGAAGGUACCCGCGCCGGACCGUGGAAAGCGGCAGUUAGGCUUGCGCACGCGGGAGCCACGAGGAGCCACGAGGGCUGUCGAGUGUCAAAAACUCUGUCAGCGACCACCACGCUUUCCCCACGCGAGCGAGGCAUCCCAAACGUCCCCAAGACUGUCCUCGCACCUCUUUUUCAUUCGUCAACCGCUGCAGAAUUCGUCUCCCAAAUGUUCGUCAGCGACGAUCUCGCCCACGGCAGGCGGAGGAGUGUGGACGUGGGGGGACUCGCUCUCGCGCUCGAAAAUCAGGGCUUGGGCCAAGGGUGGGGUGGAUGGGAAGAGAAGGAGGCUGGUGGAACCCGAUAUGCGGAACUUCUGAGCGACAUGUACACCCAUACACAGAUACUUGUCAACCAUCAUAGUAACCAACUGCUGCCGUUCGUUACUCUCCCAGAGACAAGAUGUCGUCUGAUCAAAUCUCUGGAUAAUUGGCACUUCGAACCACACAGACUUCCGGAUGAAGAAGUCCUGUCAUGUACCCUAAUCUUAUUUGAAACCCUCUUUCGCAUUCAAGGCAUGAAAGAGGAUACAGGUGUUUCCCUAAACGAACUCUCGGGCUUUUUACAGCAUCUCCGUCAUAUAUACCGUGGACAGAACUCUUAUCACAACUAUCAACAUGCAUUGGAUGUAUUACAAGCAUCCCACUCCUUCCUCUGUGCAGAGGGUGUCGUACCUCCAGUAUCCAUUUUACUGGACGGCGACGAUCGUAUGUGGCAGCGGGACAAGACUCAAAAUACUAACUCCCUUUCUCAUGAACUACGUAACAUUGAGCUCUUCGCACUAUACGUCGCUGCUAUCGGACAUGACGUUGGUCAUCCGGGUUUGACGAAUGUAUUUAUGAAAAAGGCCCAUACUCCUCUUUCCGCUGUUUACGACGACAAAUCUGCUCUAGAGCAGAUGCAUUAUGCAUUGCUUACUCAGGCAAUGCGACACCAUGGCCUAGGGUUUUUACUGGAUCAUGCGGAUACAAUUGCGUGGUUCCGUAAGUUGCUUUCUGGGAUAAUUCUUGCGACAGAUAUGAGCGUGCAUGCCGAGUUCAUGCAACACUUUGAGUUACUUGCGCGAGGAUCCUGUACCACUGUCUGUGAACGAAGGCUUCUGCUUUGCCAAGCUAUCAUUAAAUGCGCGGAUAUCAGCAAUCCAGGCCGCCCUCUUGGAGUCUCGCACUACUGGGCAAGCGCUCUCAUGGAAGAAUGGGCUUCACAGGCGAAGCUCGAGAAACAUUUUCACCUCCCUGUUUCCUUACAACCUUCUGAUACCCCUCUUGACAAAGCAAAAUCUCAAAUAUUUUUCAUCGAGAACUUUGCGAAACCUCUCCUGGACCUUACUGCGCAAGUGUUACCUGGUAUGGCCAAGUUUGCACGGCAAUGCACUAGCAAUCUGCGUUUCUGGGAAGGCCGCCGCUCCGAAUUUACUGCUAAUGGCGAGUCGGGCCCCUCGCCAGACGUAGAUGGCCCUGUAACUAUUUCCCAAUCUCCGGAGACCUUCUUAUCCGCAUUUCCCAUGGCUCUACCCACAUUCUUUAUGAAUCAUCAAGACGAUCGACUAGUACCGCUUGAUUGGUCAUCGACAUACACUCCUUCAGAGCGUUCCACUUCCUCUUCCGAUUCGGAUUCACAGCUUAUUGAUGCACAGGGAGCUCAAUGUGAUUCGCUGCCUUCUGUACCAACCUCAUUGUCUUCACCGAUUUCACCUAGUGACUCAGUUGGGUCUUGUCUUUUGUCACCACAGUCUGAGCAUUCAGUUUCUAGUCAGCGCCCAGUCAGCAUCGCCAGCCUCGGUAGUAAUGGCUUAAAUGAUUCUACUGCUGUAAUGCGUGCCGCCUACCAAGCCAGCGUUCGUAAGAAGAAAAGUUUCCACCGCUACUCCUGGAACACGGCGACUUCCGCUCUACCACCGCCCCCAAUUCCACCUCCUGCUCUCCCAACCACACCAAAGGUUGCUGUUGCGCAAAGUGUUAUAGUCACCGAGGUUGGCACCGGGGAGGUGGCUCUUGAAGGCUGCGUUGCAUCUGUUGCGGUCAUAGCACACGGAUGCCAACGCCCCUCGCUUCAAACAAACUUUCAGUCUAUCAUUUGA